UCUGAACUAUUUUUAUUUUAACUUUCCUAACUUAUUUGGCCAGAUUAUUCAACAGGUAUUUGAUAAGCCGACUGCCCCAAUAUGGGUUGGGGACUUAGUAGAAGUAUUGAUCAUGAAAAUGAACCUUUGAAUAAACAAUGGGUGUUUGAUAAAUUUGAAGACACGUCAAGGCCUGUGCGUGAAAUGGUUGCUACAUCUGAAGAGAUGGACAAAGCUGCACUACGAAGAGAAGAAAGAGAUUAUUGUGCCCACAUGUUCAUGGAUAUAAUGAAGUGUCGAAGAGAAUGGUUUCCAGAGCUCUACAAUUGUCGACCUUUGAUUGAGAAGUAUCAGCACUGUACAGUGAAUGACAUCAAGCAUCGCAUGUUGGAAUAUGAGAGAACAAAGCGGUUAAUGGCAAGAGAAAAGCAAAGACUAGCUUUGGAAGCAAAUUAAGUGUUUUCCAUAUAUAUUGGUAUUUUUUAUUUGUCAUUUGCAACUAGCACCGAAAAUUUACUGUUUUCAUCUCAAUACAAACCUUAUAGUUCAA